AUGUCAAUGAAUGCCCUCGCCAUACCUAACUUUACAGAAGAGAAACGACUCGAUGGCCGGAAGAACUGGCCAGCAUUCAAACAAGAAGUUUUGCUUCAAGUCAGAGCAAAAGGCCUCCUUGGAUACCUACAUAACGACAUCCAACGACCAAUGCCCAGACCCAGUACUUCCCCCGUCAUUGUCGUCACUGACACAGAUACACAAUCAGCCCCCGAGAACGCACUAGGCCAACAACAACCUGUUAUCACACCUUUAUGGAGCAUGAAACCUUCACCUGAGGAAUGGGAUGCGAGAGAUCGAUAUGUUGCAUCAGGUAUUAUAUUAAACACACUCGAUCCAGUCGGAGUAGGGAUUGACGAACAUCGGGACGCAUGGUUCAUAUUAGUGUUGUGCGGGCUUGGGCUCAGGCCCUAG